GCAGCAGCCUGUUCCCCAGCGCUUCAGCUUCUCCUCAAGGGGGUUCGGUGCUCAGGUGAAGGGGCAGCUCCAGUGGGACAAGUCCCAGUGAACCGCCAGCCCUCGGCGUCCAGGUGUGAGACGGCACCUUCCAGCAAACCACUGGAGCAGGAGCUCACAGGAGGCAGCAUUACCUGAACCAGAAGGAAUGCUUCAUUGAAGACUCUGGAGUUUGAGCUGCAUAAUCCUCUACCUCAUCUUUAGUAUACGAAAAUAGUUCUUUGUAGAGCUUUGGCCUUGUUUCCUUGGGCUACAGUGUCAUGGUACCAGCUUUAAAAGGGAAUGCUCAAAUGUUAAGGAUUUUUUCUUGAUUGUAUUUAAAUUGUUGAUCUCUUCACCUCUCAUCCACCACCUUAUCGAAGUGACACCUGAAAACGUGAUGACAUCUGGGUCAGAAAUCUUCCUCUGGCUAAGUGCAUGGAUAUUGGGAAAUAUUUCAUUCAUUGGUGGUCAAGAGUGCAUGAGGGAGCCCAAACACUACAACUUUGAUGUCCAAUACAAACUGAAAAGUUUUAAUGCAGGGCAACCAAUCCAGAACAUAGUGGUGAAUUCUAAGCCUCCAGGGGUCUAUCUUGCGGUGCGGAACCGAAUAUUAUCCCUAAACUUUUCCCUUAAGAAGAAUUAUGAACUACAGACUGGUCCAGUUGGCAGCCCAGAUUGUGUGAUCUGCAAACUUUGUGAGACAAACUGGGAGCCAGAAGUUGGCAUGGAGGAUAAUGACAAUGUAGUUCUGACGUUUGAUCCUUUUGAACCAUUCUUGUAUUUCUGUGGAACCUCUCAACAUGGCGUAUGUUACAGACAUGACAUCCAAAACAUAAAUGAUAACUCUUGCCUAUUUAAGAAGAAAAAUAAUCGUGUUGACUUAUGUCCUGAUUGUAUAGCAAGCCCAUUGGGCACCCAAGUGUUUGUUCACGAAGAAGCAUUUUCCACCUAUUUGUUUAUUGGUGCCACAGUCAACAGUACGAUUGCAAAAACUUACAGUCCAAAAUCAGUGUCAAUAAAGAGACUGUUAGGAUCACUCGAUGGAUUCACGUUCACUUCUGAAGAUCACUCUUUAACAGUGUUGGAUGAAUUCCUAGACUCGUAUCCCAUUGAUUAUAUUUAUUCCUUCCGCUCUGGUGAAUAUAUCUACUUUCUAACAGUUCAGAAAGAAACAAUAGAUUCAAAAAACUAUCACACGAGAAUUGCACAGUUGAAGGCGGGAGAGUAUGAAGUUAAGAACUAUCGCGAGCUUGUCCUGGAAUGCCAGUAUGAACCAAGACGGAGGAAGAGGAUGCUUGGCGAUGGGGACACGCUGUACAAUGUGUUACAAGCAGCUCACUUGGCUAAAGCAGGCACAGAUCUGGCCAAGGAGCUCGACGUUUCAGAAGGAGAUGACGUGCUAUUUGCCGUUUUUGUGGAGAGUGAGCCCAACAGCAAAACCUUGCGCAGGAAGUCAGCACUCUGCACUUUCCCUGUCAAAACAAUCGCUGAGAUAAUUGAAUUUGGGAUGAUGGCCUGUUGUCAGCCAGCAGAUGAAUCCCAGGAAAGGGGGCUGGAAUUUUACCAGGAGUUGGAGUACUGCCCUCAUAUUGAUGCAAGAAACUGUACCAACAAGCCGACCAGGGUCUGGAACGCUUUUAUCCGCAUGGAUCGAUUUGACGGCGAACUGCAUGAUACCAAAUUGACAUCCAUCUUCGUAACCGUGAUCGGAAAUUACACAGUCGCUCAUCUUGGGACGUCAGAUGGAAGAAUCUUACAGGUGAUUGUUCAAAGGUCCUUUUAUCCACAUGCCAACUUCAGCCUGAGCCAAUCGGAUCCUGUUUCCCAAAAAGUCGCACAUUUGAACAACUCCUUGCUGUUUGUAACUGGAAAACAGGUAACCCAAGUGCCAAUCAAUGGACCAGGCUGCCAUCACUUUCUGACCUGCAACAAAUGCCAGAUGGCACCUUCCUUUAUGAAGUGCGGUUGGUGUGAUGGACAAUGCACCUGGCAGGAGGAAUGCUCGAAAACAUGGAUCCCAGAUACUUGCUCUCCUGCCGUUGUUGAGGAAACCUCCUGGUGUUUACUACCGGCCUUGCUACCUAAGGUGAUAAGCAUCACCCCCGUCAUGUUGACCGCCGAUUGGAAGGAGUGGAGGAAAAUGAGAAUGCUCUCUCACCCUGUGUGGCUGGGACUUCAAGUCUCCAGCUGGCCCCAAGAUACAGCAGCCUCUCACGUAGUGCGAGUGGGAACACGGUCUUGCAUAGUUAUUCCCAAAAGCAGCAAUGCAAAAAGGUUGGUGUGUAAACUGCAAGUUACUGGAGUGCAUCAGCCCAUUGGUUCCACAGAGAUCAACAUCACGAUUCAUGAGACCAAACGUAGUGGAGAGUUCUCCAUCGUUGGAUCCACCUCAAUUGCUGGAUUUGAAUUUGUGGAACCCGUUAUAACUCAUGUGGUACCAACAUACGGCCCUCUGGAUGGUGGGACUUUGAUUACAUUAUCAGGGCAACAUCUGACAGCUGGCAACACCCAAAAAGUGACCAUUGGCGGGAAGGAGUGCCUAUUACAGAGGCAAAAUGAUACUUCUAUAGAAUGCAUAACUCCAAAAAUGGAUGAGUUGAAGGAGGAAUUUCCUGUUGUGGUGAUAGACUUGGCAAAUGUACCAAUCAAGGGCAAUUUCAAGUUCCAGUACCGAAAGAAUCCUGUCAUCCACAACAUCUCCCCCAAAUGCAGCAUCAUAAGAUCUAAAGCCUCGGCUAAUGGUAAAGGUAGUGGAGAACAACCUACUUUGGAAGCUAUUUCUAAUCUGGACAGAAAGUUUGAUCAGAGCUUUGCCGAAUUGAAGUCUAUUUUAAAAGACUUUGAAGAAAAGCAAAAUACACUUAUCCAGGAAAACGCCAAACAAAGGCAAUUAAUUGCUGAACUUGACCAAGCUGGUAAAGAGAGAGAUGCCAAACUCCAAUCACUUGAAAAAGCCUUAAUUACGACCAAGCAAAACCUGGAAAAGCAACAAGAGAGGAUCAGCCUCAAUGUCACAAUAUAUGGGACCAAUCUGAAUUCUGUGUAUCAGCCAAAGCUUUUAUUUAUUGACGAACGUGGAGACAAAUUUGAAAAGGCAUGCGGAGAGCCAGAGUCUAAUGACGUAAUGAUCUGCCAGACUCCUGCGAUCAAGGAAGAUGAAGCCGAAGGGAAGCUUACCGUGAUCAUGGAUGGUGUAUCACCCCAAAAGGCAUUUGACAUAGAGUACAUGCAGAACUACGAGGUUAUCCCAUUUGAAAAUGAGGAGAAGAUAUGCAAGCUGACGAAGGGUGAAGAUGAGAUUGAGUUACAUCAUGUCAUGCUGCUGAAGCUGAAGGAUUGCUUGAAUGUGACUCUUGUCGUGGGAGACACCAUCUGUGAUGCAAAAAUACUGAUUCAAGAGAUCACCUGCAGAAUCCAAGCGGAACUGAUUCCCAGCGAAGGACUUCCAGUCAAGCUCUGGGUGAAUCACGUGGAGUACUUCAUUGGGUACGUCAUCUAUGUCGAUGAAAAUAUCAACACAAUUGUGGGGAUUACCAUUGGAACCAUUGUCUUCCUUGUGGCGAUUGUGAUUCUGGUCGUUGUGCUGGUGAUAUACAAGAAGAAAAGCAAAGAGCAUGCAGACUUAAUGAGCCGCUUAGAAGCUUCAGUUAACAUGAUGUCUCUCAACACGGUACCACCUGUUCCCAGUGAUUACAGGAACUCUCGUUAUCCUCACAGCCCAUCAUCUGGGUCGAGUGGGAUUACAUUUCGGGGAACUGGUUACAAGAACAGCUCCGAUGGUGCAAUGGUCCCGCUGCUCGGUCCGAGAGAAAUUACAUCGGAGAACCUGCGGACUGAGCUGCUGGAAGAAGUGAAAGAUGUCCUGAUCCCGAGUGAAUGCUUAACUGCGUACAUGGACCAAGUGGUUGGCAAAGGGCAUUUUGGGAGCGUUUACCAUGGUCUGUACAAAGAUCAGAACAAGGAAAUUCAUUGCGCCGUGAAGUCAUUGAAUCGAAUUUCAGAUGUUGAAGAGGUGGAGCAGUUUUUGAGGGAAGGCAUUAUCAUGAAGGAUUUCCACCAUGAAAAUGUCCUAUCUUUGUUGGGAAUUUUCCUUCCUAAGGAAGGGUUACCGUUGGUAGUAUUGCCAUAUAUGAAACAUGGAGACCUCCGACAUUUUAUCCGUAAGGAAGAGCGAAAUCCAACAGUAAAAGAUUUAAUCGGCUUUGGCCUCCAGGUUGCCAAGGGAAUGGAGUACCUUGCCCAAAAGAAGUUUGUUCACCGAGAUCUUGCAGCAAGAAACUGUAUGCUGGAUGAGGCAUUUGUGGUUAAGGUGGCAGACUUUGGGAUGGCACGUGAUGUCUUGGAUAAAGAAUAUUACAGCAUUCAGAACCAUCGAAAAGCCAAGUUACCUGUGAAGUGGAUGGCAUUGGAGAGUCUGCAGACCCAAAAAUUCACAACUAAAUCUGAUGUGUGGUCUUUCGGAGUGCUGCUGUGGGAGCUGCUAACUCGAGGAGCACCGCCCUAUCCAGAGGUCGACCCAUAUGACAUCACAAGAUACUUGUUAAAGGGGCGAAGGUUACCUCAGCCGGAAUACUGCCCGGAUGAACUGUGAGUUGAUAUUAUGCUGCGCUGCUGGGAUCCAAAGCCUGAACUGCGGCCAAUAUUUACCGAAAAUCGUCUAUGAAAUUGAAUCAAUUCAGUCAUAUUGAAAGGAGAACACUACAUCAACUUGCAAGUAAUUAUGUGAACUUGCAAAACGACCCAGCCUUACCCUGCAGUGGACACUACUGAUGAUGAACUGGACCCGGAUUCAGAAUGAUUACAUUGUGCUGUUUCAUUGUGGUAAAUCUGUUUGGAACAUUGACUUGAAUUUCAGGAGGAUACUGUUUUUUUAAACAUUGCAACUUAUUCCAUUCGAUUAAGGUACAACUCUGCCUCAUUACUUUCCCUCCUCUCUGCUAACUUCUGUGGCCACCACCAACCUGUGAGAAAGAACAUGGUGACUCCUGUGGUGUUAAAACAGCAAAUAUUUCUGUUCAGAAACCAAACAAUGGUCCCUGUCAAGACACGGGCAGUAAUGGUUUCCUUACUGGCACAUUAAAGGCGAAUGGCACCAGGUUUCUGCUCCAUUACACAACCUUGCCAAGAAUUCUUGAGCAUCCAAUGGCUGGAGUUACCUGCCCUCAGAGAUCACAGGCAGUGAAGGCCCAUUGCCAAGACAGGUGAGAAUGGUGCAAUGCCAUCUCCAAUAAGCUGUGAUCUUUCUACCCAAAAUAAGGGAUCCAAUGAUGCUUGGUCAAUUCUGCAAACACAAAGAGCUGUGGCAACAAAAAGCAAGGUUUGAUUCUUCACAUUGUUCCCUAUAUUAAUUUCCAGUGACUGCAUUUUAUUACUAUUCAGCACAAGCAAUGAAAAUCUUCACCAGGCACUGCUCUCUCAAGUGGAACAUUUCACAGUUAAGAUGGCCUCAAGGUUAGCAAUAUUAUGCUUUUGUUUUUUACAAUGAGCCAUGAGGAUUCAUCACCAUUCUGACAGCCUAAGAAGGUACUCAUUAGUAGAUAUAACAAAGAAAGUAUAAGAUUUUGCAGGUAAUGUUUCCUGCUGUUUGGCUAGAGUGAUUUGAUGCACUGGCAGUUACCGAGGCGACUCUGACGACAACUCUCAGACCUGGGAGGAUAAAGCAAGAGGGCACAUGGGAACACCACCACGUGCAUAUUCCCUUCCAAGUCUCUCACGCCAUCCUGAUUUGGGAAUGCCGUGCCAUCACUGGGUCUGAAUCCCAGAACCGACCUCCAUUGGCAUUGUGGAGUGAUUUCACCGGGAGGAUUACAGAGGUUCACAAUCAUCUUCUGGAGGAUAAUUAAUAAUAAAUGCUGGCCUUGCCAGAUCCGGCAACCAUUGCAUUUCAAAAAGAAUAAGUAAAAAUGCAGCAUUGCACUAUUUUACACUGUAGUCUUUUCCUUCUGCUUAUCAGGGAGUGUUUAACCUUUGCUCCUCUUUCACUGAUUGUUAUGAUGGAGUGUGAAUCUCACUUUUUCCUUUUUAUGAGCAGCCAAGGCAUCAGCAUUAGUUUGAAGCCAUUAGCAGCGCCCUAUAUCACAGGGUGAUCUGGCAGCGACAGUUGUCACCCCAUUGAUCACUGGGUUUGAUUUGCCGGCAAGGUCGGGUGUCCCCCUUCCCUCACAACUCCAUGUGCAUCUGUUUCCCGCCCCCCCCCCCACCCCACCCGAAGCUCAGCAUUUGGUCACAGAGGAUGGCUCCCUAGAAGAGGAGUGCUCCGUCGGUCUAAGAUAUAUGAUGCAGCUACUCCCCCGCUAGACUAAGCCUCUGACAACCAUUUGUAGGAUUACACAGGGAAGUUAAGCUCCAAGAGCUUCAGUAAGACAAUGGAUGUGGCAAUCUGCCAUUCUUUUUUUUUAAAAGAAAGACCCCUUGCUUGCAGUUGAUAGGCACAAGAUCACAGCUUGCAUGUCCACAGAUCCCCAAAGUCUCCUGUCCAGCCACCUCCCCUCCGACUGGGGCAAUUGAACUAACCACUAAGGUGCAACUUGUUCGUCUGCCAU